GUGAAUACAAAGUUAUGUGCACCUAUCUUGGUAUUGAGGUCAAAUGUGAAAUGCGAACUUGUCAAGGCUCUAAGCUUUGUAAAUUUGCUGCUUCUGAACUUUAUAAUGAAACUCAUCAAGAUGUAGAUUUGAAUUCUGAUCUU